AUGCCCUUUAUUCUAUCUCAAUAUAGCCUGGUUGCCGCAGUAAUCCGACUAAAGCAUGAAGUCACAGGUGGACUCAUGUAUAAAAGAGAAGCUCCAAAAAGAACCCCUCGACAUAGAGCGGCAUUUGAUGACGUUGAAACCGUUUAUUCUACCAAUUCAACAUCUGUAAGUAUGAUAUCAAGUCAAAGUUUUCGUACUUCAAUAAACAGUAUAAUAAGCAACGGUAGAAUGGAUGCAGUAUUAUCACCGCCCACACGACCUUCAACAGCUUAUCUUAGAAUAUGGAUGCUAAAUGACGAUCAGCAAAGACAUGAUGACCAUCAAAUAUGCUCUAUUACAAGAAAUCAUCCACAAGAUAUCUUUAUAGAACCUCCUCCUCCUUAUAAAUCAUAA